AUUUUUUAUUUUUUUUUUCUAUUUCUCUCCAUAGUCUUCUGACCAUGAGUGGCAAGCAGGGAGGAGGCAAACAAGCUCAGCAGCAGCAACAGCAACAACAGGGCGGCAAGCGCCGCGGUGGCACCAGCGGAGCCGCAACCCCGACCACCCCGGCGUCUGGCGCGUCGUCUGGCGGCGGCGGUGCUGGCAACUGGGAUGCCGAGGACGUGCUCCAGGCAGUGGUCAUUGGCGACUCGUUCAACUCGCGCUUUACCCCAAUCACAAUGGAGCAGCCUCGCACACUGCUGCCGCUGUGCAACGCGCCACUGAUCGAUUACACACUCGAGUUCCUCAUCUCUGCGAACGUGCAAGAGAUUUUCGUGAUUUGCUGCUCGCACGCAGACCUCAUCAAGCAGUACAUCGAAGGAUCGCAGUGGGUGCGUCGACAGGGCGUGACCAUUACGUGCAUUGUUCAGCCAGAGUGCUUGAGCGUCGGCGAUGCGCUGCGCAACAUUGACCAGCUCGCCAUCAUCCGUUCUGACUUUAUCCUUGUGUCUGGCGACCUCAUUUCAAACAUGAAACUUGCUCCAGUUCUUGCCACGCAUCGGUUGCGACGAGAAAAGGACAAGGGCGCCAUCAUGACGAUGGUCAUGAAAACCGCAUCGCCCGCUCACCGAACACGCUCGCUGGAGCGCGACUCUGUUGUGGCGGUCGAGUCCAACUCUCAACGCCUGCUCGCCUUCCGCCAGCAGCGCAGCCCUAACGCCACAAAGUUUGUGCUCCCCGUCUCUGUGUUUAAGGAACAUGCUGCCGUGCAAGUUCGCUACGAUCUCUACGACUGCCACAUCAACAUUUGCUCGGCAGUGGUCCCGGUGCUUUUCACCGACAACUUUGAUUACCAAGACAUUUACGACCUCGUCCAUGGCAUUCUCGAUGAGGAGGAGAUUCUCGGCAACAAGAUUUUCAUUCACGAGCUCAACAACGAGUACGCAGCUCGCGUGGACAACUUGCGAGCAUACAAUGCGGUCAGCAAGGACGUCAUCCACCGAUGGACCUUCCCCAUGGUCCCGGACUAUAGCUCAGAGCCUGGCGAAGCGUACAAGUACGGUCGCAACAACAUUUACCAAGACGAGCGAGUUCUCCUGUCUCGCUCUUGCAACGUUGUUGAAGAUGUCGUUAUUGGCAAAGGUACCAAGGUUGGCGAGAACUCCCAAAUUACGUGCUCCACGAUCGGACGCAACUGUGUGAUCGGCGCUGGCGUCACGAUCGAAAACUCCUAUAUCUGGGAUAAUGUCGAAAUCGAAGACGGCUGCACGAUUAAGAACGCUGUCUUGUGCAACAAGGCCAAGAUUCUGCGCAAUGUCGCCGUUGAGAGCGGUUCGAUUAUUUCGUUCAACGUCGUUGUUGGCCCUGAUGUUGUGAUUCCAGCACAUUCGAAGCUGACCAUGCUCGAUGAGGAUGGCAACCUACCAGACUCGGACACCGUCUUUGACUCCAAGGUGGUUGGCACGGCAGGAGCGGGACACAACUUUGUUGUCGUUCCUGAAGACUUUGCAGAGGAUGAGCUGGAGCACUUGAAAUGGGGAGUUGAUAUUGUCCAUGUCGAGGACGCAGAUGUCGAGGACAGCGAUGAUUCCUUGUUUGGAGACGACACUGAAAUGCACAUGGAAGCCCCCGAGGACAUUUUUAUGCACGAAAUUCGCGAGAGCAUUCAAUCCGUCGCUCUGGGCGAGCGCAAUGUCGACGUCGAAAACAUUGUGGUCGAAAUCAACGGCUCCAAGCACGCCUACAACAUUGAGGCGCGUGAUUUGGCAGGUCUGAUUGUGCAGGUUGUGAUGGAGGUGCUCUUGGAGGUCAAUCCGACCGCGCCUCACACGGCACUCAAGACCCUGUGCACUCGCAAGAACCCCGUUGUCCUGAGUCUGCUCAAGCGUUACGUGUCCGGCCAACAGGCGGACCAGCUCAGUUCCAUCACUGCCAUCGCGAACGUUCUCGCGGAGCCAGAGGCCGAGGCAGCCCGCGGAUCGUUCUUGAACCUUGUGCACAAGCUGUACGACUUUGAUGUCCUUGGCGAGCGAGCCAUCCAGACUUGGUUUAAGCAAAAUGCAGAUGAACCCAACGAAAUUCGCGCCAAGCUCCGAGCAUCGCUCCAACGCCUCAUUACCUGGCUCGCUGAGGCCGAAGAAGAAUCGGAUGACGAUGACGAGGACGAGGACGAUGACGACGAUGAUGAAGACGACGAGUAAAAAGAUUGCUUGUUUUUCGGAAUAUAGUUGGUGUGUGAGUGUGUGUGUUGCCCCCCCCCCUCGGUGAAAUGUACAACAAAAACAACCGCAGAGUACAACCUGCUGCUUUCGUUCUGUC